AGACAGUAGUGCCUAAAAUCUAAAUUCAGGCUUCGCAUGUUUCAAGUAUACCAUUACAUAUUAUAAUUGAUAAGUCGGAAAGUGUGUAUUAAACUUAGCGUUGGGAACUAGUUUACGUAUUUUAAUCACAGUGUUUUUGUGUCAAACACAGUUUCUUUUAUAAAUAUAUUAAAACGACAAAUUUUGAAUGAUAAUACAGUAGAGAAAAAAAUGUGUUAUUUAAUUUCAAUUUAAGUAUUUUAAAGCUUGGAUUUUUUUUAUUUCAAUUUAUGUUACCAAAAAUAUUGUGUCUUAUUUUAAUAUAUCAUCAUUUAAUAUAUAUUCAUUAAAAUAAAAGUUGCUUUAAUUUUAUAUAAUGAAAUCGAUCGUUGUUUGUGUAUAGUACUAUGCAGAAAAUAUUAUGUGGUAGGCGUUACAUGUUAAAACUAUAUUGUAGCAACUGAAAUCACUUUUUACUUAAUUUAUUGAUAAUAAGUUUAAAUGUAUAUAAAUGUGUGAUUAUUUUUAAACUUUGUGCUGCAUAAUGUGGUCAGACCCAUCAUUAAAUAUGGCUUUUGGAAAUCAGUGGAUGAAUCCUGCUUUGUAUCAACAUAUGAACAACGAACAAGUGGACUGGGCGAGUUUAGCCCAACAAUGGAUUAAGAUGAAAGAAACAUCACACACGCUUCAACCGGGACAACAUGUGAGGCCUAUAGUAUGUGAAACUAAUACAGAAGCACCUCGUCCACCGACAGAUAUUCAAAACACUUUGAAUGCUUCAGGUCCUAGUAAAACAAUUAGCAAUCGCAAUACAACUGUUAAUUCUGUUGCUGGGAAUAACAUUGAAAAACCGAGUGCCUGGAAUACAUUGACUUGGCAACAGCAGCAGCAAUGGAAUUGGAAUUGGAAUCCCAAUACAACACCGCUCCCACUUAAACCUCCUAUUAUGGAGACAGUGACUUCAGUCAGACCUCCAUAUGUUGCACCCCCGGUGCUGCCGAAACCAGAAACUUAUGCUGUCAAUAAUUCAACCAGAAAUUUCAACACAAACAGUUAUUGGGCUGGAUCUAGUAAUACUAGGGUCCCUCCUUCAACAGAAUCGGAGCAAUGGAAUAAACCAAGUUUGGUCACGACUUUAGAUGAUAAAAAUCAAGAUUCCUCUUAUAUUGAUGCAGCCAAACGUAAACAACUUCCAGCUUGGAUUCGGGAAGGCCUUGAGAAAAUGGAAAGAGAAAAACGUAGGAAAAUAGAACAAGAGCAAUCUAAUAGCGAAUCAGAAUUUCAAAGUUAUCACGAUGAAAACACAUCGAUCGAACUACACAAUAUAUCCAAUCAAUAUAACAGUGAGACCGUUAUGGCCGAUGAAGAAAUUGAACCAGAUCCUUUAGAAGUCAACGCUGAUGAAGAAUUUCGGAAAACCGAUUUUAUUAAAAGUGAAUCUCCAUCUUUAAUCCCACGUAAGAGUAAAGCUCAGAUUUGGGAAGAUACGAUGCUGAGUCUUCGUCAAAUCCUGACAAAAUUAUUGAUGGAUGUCACUAAUGACAUGAUGUUAAACGCUGCAAAGGAAAUGUUAAAAACUACUCUUCAUACAGAUACACACGGGAAUCAAAAUCAAACCUCGUUAGCUGGUAAGCUGGGUCUUGGAGUUUAUGGAUCGGCUUCGGAGUCUUCUGGCGAAAGCGACGACGAAAACACUAUAUCAAGUCGUAAACCAUCAAACAGACAAGAUUCAGAUGAAGCUAUUCAAGAAAGACUGUUGAAGCGCCAACGUGAAUUUAGUAAUAUUGAAGCGAGGAUACUUAUGGAGUUGGACAAACUUGAAGACCGGGAAAAGCUAGUCAGGUCUAAAUUUGAUAGCAGUGUUAAACUAAGUGGAGAAGUAAAUGAUACUGGUAGUCAGGUAGUGGAAAACGUUCAGACAAAAGGACGCUCCGAUAGCGAAGUGUUGAACCCGAAAGUCAACAACAAAGGAAAUGACAAAUCAAAACCGGAAUGGUCAGGUGAAACAAGCGUUAAAAAUGGAAAUAGAAAAAAGAAAUCGAAAAAAUCGAGUUCGAGUGAUUCUAGUAGUAAUAGUGAAAGUAGCGAAAGUGAGGACACCGAUAGUAAAUAUAGUAGGAAAAGUGAUAAAUAUAGAUCGAGAUCCUCAAAUACAAAAAGUAAAGCGGUUGUUAGGAAGAGAUCGCGUUCUAGAAGUAGGUCUUACACAAGGUCAAAGCGUAGUAGGUCGCGUUCAAGACGGAGGAGUAGCUCGCGGUCGAGACGCAACGAUAGAAAGUCCACAAGUAGUUAUAGAUCAAAGCGAAGUCGUACACCGGUGUCCAAGCAUGGGAGCUCUAGAAAACGUAGAGGUAAACGCGACAGUUCAUCCUCGUCUAGUGGAUCAAGAAGUACUAGACAUCGGUAUAGGCGAUAAGAUUUUGUUAAACAAUCCAUUUGUAUUUUAUAAAUUAAGAUUUUUUAAAAAUAAUAAUUUAUUUCUAUAUGUAUAACUAGCUGAUUUUUUUUUUUUUU